AAAGUAAUUUGAGGAUAAAGUUACAAGCGCAUGCUUUUGGCUUAAUUUGAAACAUACUAAGGUUCGACAUACGAUGAUAUAUAUUUUUAACCUACUGACGUAAACUUACAAAAAUGAGGACGUUCGGCGGAGGCGCCAUGACACUUUCUGAAAAAGUAUGAUCAAAGUCCAUUGCGGUAAUGAGCAGAACUACUCAAGAAAAUAAGCCCAAUAAUGGUCUUUUUGGAGAAUUUAAAGACCCAUUCAAGUCAAAACCUUAUGUCGAUCCCCUUAAAAGGGAUAAGAACACGUAUAAGGAUCCAUUAAACGUUCAAGAUGGAGAAUACAGCGACCCUGUUAAAUCAGUAAAAGUGAAACUGCCAGAAUACCGGCCAUACGAUAGCUAUCACGAGUACGAAAUGCCAGAUAUCGAUCCUCUAACAGGGAAACCAAGACGAAGACGAGCACAAAGGACAAAGAAACAAGAAGAACCCAAAACAGCAAAACAACCAUUACUCUUUCCUCCACAACUAGGUAGCAGUGUCGGCAGCAUGAAGCGGACACUGAUGCUCCAAGAGAACCUCAACGUUUAAAUCAUUUGUCUUGAUUCUCACAAUGUGCAUAGCUGCUUAUGGUCUGUUCCGGCAAAUUGUCGCGUAUUUGUCAAAAGUCUGUUUUUUAAAAACAAUGAAAACGUAUAACUGUGCAAAUAAACGUAAACAAUGUUUUUUAUUCGACAUUUGUCUUUUGUAAAACUGAGUUAAACAUUUUUUUAAGGCAUAUAAUUAUCAUAGUGUGGCUACAUUUACUAGUGUAUAUACGAAGUUUGAUUUGUAGCUUAUAGAAAAAAUGUGUAUGGAUACAUUCGAAUGACAAAGAAUUAAUUUCACAAAACAAAUCGCAAUGAACAAAUAGCAAAAUGCCAAAUAGUUUUCGCAGUCAUUAAAACUUUGUAGGAUAUCUAACGCAACGAUUUGCACUUUAUCAAAUCUUACAUUUUGUAUCAUUCAAAAACCAGUUUUACUUCUUAACCUAAAUAUUUAUCAGUAUAACACUUCUAUUCUCAUUUGAUAUUUUCAUUUUAUCAUUAAAUACAUAUGUAAUUAUAGUUAGCAACGAAAGUGGUGCUGUUUUUGUUGGCAUUAUGAUGAUUAAACAAUCAUACAUU